AACCCUUACAGUAGCGCUGUGGCGAUCGUAUUGACGAAGGAUGGGAGCCGGCAAAGAUGGGCGUCCUGUCCGCGACAACUACAUGAAGAAGAACUUUUCUCUUGAUAAGCUGAAGAACAUUUCCAGCGUCAAGAAUGACCUCACGGUGCUUCGCCACAUGUGGUUUGGCAGCAAGAAGGGCGACGAUCACGCCGCGCGGCUGGAGAGCUUUUACGGACCCCAAGCAGCUGCUUAUGAUGCGUUCCGCGCCAGGUUCCUCUGGGGCCGCAAGCCCAUGCUCGCCGCAUGCGCUGCACGCCUUGCGGACCGGUCAAAUAUGAUCUGGGUGGACCUUGGCGGUGGCACCGGGGAAAACGUGGACAUGAUGGCUAAGUACAUCGACCUGGCGUCUUUCAAGGCAAUUUAUGUUGUGGACCUCUGCCACUCGCUCUGUGAAGUUGCCAAGCGCAAGGCAAAGGCCAAGGGCUGGAAGAAUGUGCAUGUCGUUGAAGCGGAUGCCUGCAAGUUUUCGCCCCCAGAAGGCAUGGCAACUCUCGUCACGUUUUCUUAUUCACUCACGAUGAUUCCACCCUUCCACGGCGUCAUUGAUCAGGCUAUUUCAUACCUGUCGGCCGAUGGUCUGGUCGGUGUAGCAGAUUUCUAUGUGAGCGGCAAGUACGACCUGCCCAUGCGGCAGAUGCCAUGGGCGCGCCGCUUCUUUUGGAGGUCAAUCUUUGACAUCGACAAUAUCGACAUUGGGCCGGAGCGGCGAGCUUACCUGGAGCAGAAGCUCGAGCGGGUCUGGGAGCAAAACAGCCAGGGCUCAAUCCCGUACGUUCCAUGGCUGCGUGCGCCGUACUACGUUUGGAUCGGCCGCCAUCCGACUGUCGGACACGCGUUACAUGAGGAGCGGGUGGAGCGGCCUCCCAUGUUUCCCCCGACAUUCCUGUACACGCAGUCGUGGGAGGACCCGGAACCUGACAUGGAGGUUAUGGAGAUUAACGGGAACGACACGGUGCUCACGCUCACCAGCGGGGGCUGCAACGCCCUCAACCUGCUGGUCCAGGGAGCCGGCCAGGUGGUGUCUGUUGAUUGCAACCCGGCCCAGUCAGCCCUUCUGGAGCUGAAGAAGGUCGCGAUCCAGCAGUUGGAAUUCGAGGACGUUUGGCAGAUGUUCGGUGAGGGGGUGCACCCGCGCAUUGAGGAUCUGUACGAGAGGAAGUUGGCGCCGUUCUUGAGUCAGACGAGCCACAACUUCUGGUCGCGGCGGCUCUGGUACUUCCAGCACGGCCUCUACUACCAGGGCGGUAUGGGCAAGUUGUGUUGGGUCCUACAGUGCCUAGCAGUCGUGGUGGGUUUGGGCAAGACUGUCAAGCGUCUGGCCAACGCCCCAACGCUGGACGAGCAGCGUCGCGUCUGGGACUCGAACUUCAUCAUUCACUUCGUGAAGCACGGGCCUAAGCUGCUGGUAUGGCUUUUUGUCAAGUUCGUCAGCCUGGUCCUCUUCAACAAGGCUGUCCUCUGGUUCGGCGGCGGCGUGCCGGGGAAGCAAUACGCUCUCAUCAAGGCGGACGGGAUCCCGAUUGAGCGCUACAUUGCCCGGACGAUGGACGGCGUUGCUGAGAACAGCCACGUGCGCAAGCACAACUACUUUUACUACAACUGCCUUACGGGCAAGUUCCUUCGGGAUAACUGCCCCACGUACCUGCGCGAGGCCGGUUUUGCAGCGCUCAAAGGUGGUCUAGUGGAGAACCUCACGGUGUCGACCAACUUCUUCAUGGAAGAGCUCAAAGCUCGCACCUACACGAAAGUGAUUCUGAUGGACCACGUGGACUGGCUCGACCUGCACGUGGCCCAGGAGCUGGCUGAGCUGCUGGCGCGCCAGGUGGCGCCCGGUGGCAUUGUUAUUUGGCGCUCGGCGUCUCUGUGCCCGCCCUACGCGGACGUUAUUCGCAAGGCCGGGUUUGACGUGCGCUGCAUCAGCCGCGCCGACCAGGGCUAUAUGGAUCGUGUAAACAUGUACAGCUCAUUCUACAUGGCCCGCCGCAAAGGCAACAAGAAGGACUGAGCUGGGUUAGUGAUUGCAGACGACAAAUCAGACAUGAACGUGUGUGGGGCAGCGCUAAGAGCACUUGCAACCGGAGCGUCCAUAUAUGGCAGGUAGCAGCGGUAAAGUUUCACCGUGCGUAGACAAGUGGUUCGUCGACGCUGUGCGGCGUUGACCACUCGCGUCGGGUUGAUUGCUUUACUACGCUCGGUUGCCGGACUGAUAGGACCUCCAUUACUUCUGGUACUUGCUGGUGCCUAACGUCCUAACGUCUGCAGGUGGGAUGUCCCGAAGGGGUGUCGAGUGCUAACUCUGUCUAGAGCGAGACCGAUGUGUCCUGUGUGGCUGCGGAAGCCGCGGUCUGUGUUGCCGCCGCUGCUCCUCUCGGUCUGUAACGUUAAGGCGCUUACCGGCUGGGAUGACCACCUAAAGCGCACGUCCCCUCCUCCAGAGGAUGUACCAGCGCAGCGGCUUGCUAAUAUAGUCGGAGACGCGUGCGUGUUGCUGUCAUGGUACUCUGUCCGUAAACCUUGACUUUGAUGUUUCCGCGCGGUAUGGCGACCUGGAAAUGCCGUUACGAAGACGGUAUCACCGCUAGUGUCUUAUGGAUGAUGCUGGCUGCGUGCGCGGGAGCAAAAGGCAAUGAAUGAGAUUUGACCACGAAGAACUUAUUUGCUUUUUUCCGUAUUAGUAGGCGCAAAGUCUGAUGCGGCGGCAGUCCGCAUAGCCGGCACGGUAGUU